AUGCCUUCCUUGGAUGAAAAACCGGAUGUGAUUUUUGAAGAUGACGAUCUACCCUACGAAGAAGAAAUACUCAGGAAUCCAUACUCUGUCAAGUGCUGGAUGCGUUACAUUGAAUUCAAGCAAAAUGGACCUAAAACCACCAUGAACAUGAUUUAUGAACGCGCUUUGAAAGAACUUCCGGGCAGUUACAAGCUGUGGUAUAAUUAUCUGAAAGAGAGACGUAAACAAGUAAAAGGGAAAUGCAUAACAGAGCCAGUUUAUGAAGAAAUAAAUAACUGCCACGAAAGAGCUCUUGUUUUCAUGCACAAGAUGCCUAGAAUUUGGCUUGACUACUGCCAGUUCCUUGUGUCACAAUCCAAAAUCACAAGAAGUCGGAGGACAUUUGAUCGUGCUUUGAGAGCCUUGCCAGUUACACAGCACCCACGCAUCUGGCCUUUGUAUCUCCGAUUUGUCCGGAAUCUACCCCUCCCGGAAACGGCGAUUCGGGUUUACCGUAGAUACCUAAAGCUAUCUCCAGAGAAUGCAGAGGAUUACAUUGAUUAUUUGCGCUCAGUUGGCCGUUUGGACGAAGCUGCAUUACGACUUGCUGCUAUUGUCAACGAUGAAAGCUUUGUAUCCAAGGAGGGAAAGUCAAACUAUCAACUGUGGCAUGAACUCUGUGACCUCAUCUCUCAAAAUCCAGAUAAAGUUACAUCUUUAAAUGUUGGAGCCAUUAUCCGAGGGGGCCUUACGCGCUUCACUGACCAACUCGGAAAACUUUGGUGCUCCUUAGCAGAUUAUUACAUCAGGAGUGGGCACUUUGAAAAGGCUCGCGAUGUGUACGAGGAGGCCAUUCUUACUGUGGUAACAGUCAGAGAUUUUACACAAGUAUUUGACAGUUAUGCUCAGUUUGAAGAGAGCAUGAUCGCGGCUAAAAUGGAAACCACUGCUGAGAUGGGGCAGGAUGAGGAGGAGGACAUUGAUUUAGAGCUUAGAUUAGCCAGAUUUGAGCAGCUCAUUGCUCGGCGUCCUCUUCUUCUGAAUAGUGUUCUUCUUCGACAAAAUCCACACAACGUUCACGAGUGGCAUAAACGAGUCAAGCUCUGUGAGGGCAACCCCCGGCAGAUUAUUAACACUUAUACUGAAGCUGUACAGACAGUCGAUCCGAUGAAAGCCACUGGAAAACCUCAUUCACUCUGGGUUUCCUUUGCAAAGUUCUAUGAGGAAAAUGAACAAUUGGAUGAUGCCAGAACCAUCUUUGAAAAGGCUACUAAAGUAAACUACAAGCAAGUAGACGAUCUGGCAGCAGUGUGGUGUGAAUAUGGAGAAAUGGAACUGCGGCAUGAGAACUAUGACCAGGCACUGUGCAUCUUGAGGAAAGCAACAGCAAUUCCAUCCAAGAAGGCAGAAUACUUUGAUGCCUCUGAGCCUGUCCAGAACAGGGUCUAUAAGUCCUUGAAAGUCUGGUCUAUGCUGGCUGACCUUGAAGAGAGUCUGGGAACAUUUCAGUCCACAAAAGCCGUAUAUGACCGUAUUAUUGAUCUUCGCAUUGCAACGCCACAGAUUAUCAUCAAUUAUGCUAUGUUUCUUGAAGAGCACAACUAUUUUGAAGAGAGCUUCAAAGCAUAUGAGCGUGGCAUUGCCUUGUUCAAAUGGCCAAAUGUCUAUGACAUCUGGAACACCUAUCUUACCAAGUUUAUUGACAGAUAUGGUGGAAAGAAGCUGGAGAGAGCAAGAGAUUUAUUUGAACAAGCCAUUGAUGGAUGUCCUGCAAAGUUUGCAAAGACAAUUUACCUCCUCUAUGCUAAAUUGGAAGAGGAAUAUGGGUUGGCUCGCCAUGCUAUGGCUGUUUAUGAAAGGGCAACAGAGGCAGUAGAAACUGACGAGAGGCACCACAUGUUCAAUAUUUACAUUAAGAGAGCAGCUGAAAUCUAUGGAGUCACUUAUACGAGAGCAAUCUAUCAGAAAUCUAUUGAGGUUUUGCCUGAUGAACAUUCCAGAGACAUGUGUCUUCGGUUUGCUGAUAUGGAAAGUAAACUGGGUGAAAUUGAUCGAGCCAGAGCAAUCUAUUGCUAUUGCUCACAAAUUUGUGAUCCUAGGGUAACUGCUAAUUUCUGGCAAAUGUGGAAAGAGUUUGAGAUACGUCAUGGGAAUGAGGACACAAUUAGAGAAAUGCUAAGAAUCAAACGCAGUGUCCAGGCCACUUACAAUACUCAGGUCAAUUUCAUGUCCUCUCAAAUGAUGAAAGCCACUACAAGCUCUACAGGCACAGUGUCUGAUCUGGCUCCAGGCCAAAUGGGUAUUGACGACAUGAAAAUGCUUGAACAAAAGGCUCAACAGUUGGCAGCAGAGGCUGAGAGGGAUAAAGCACAACCUAAAGAAAAGAUCCUCUUUGUCAGGAGUGAUACAUCACGGAGUGAGCUCGCAGAACUUGCCAAACAAGCAAAUCCUGAUGAGAUUGACAUUGAUGACGAUGACGAUGAUGGUAACCAAGGUCCAGAAGAGGUUCAGCUGGAACAGAAGAGCGUCCCAACAGCUGUGUUUGGUGGCCUUAAAGAUGAUUAA